AUGGUGACUUUCUUCCCACGUAAAAAGGAACAAGGACAUUGCUUUAAGAUUCAUGGACAAGAGAGGUACUUACGAGGAGGCCUUCUACUAUGGACUGGUGAUACACUGGGUAGCAAUUGUGUCAGCUGUUUCAAAGAAGGUGUUGGUGGAGCCCUUAGAAUAUGCAGACACUGCAUGGGAACAAAGGAAGAAACUGGAAGAAAGGUAAUUUCUUUUUGUCUCCUUAUAAUAAUGAAACCAAACAAAAGAAAUUUCAAAUCAAACUUGGUUCAAAUAAUUUUAACCUGAACUUGACAUUUUAAUUGCAACUGAUCAUGAAUGCUGUACAUACUGUAUGUAAAUUCUAAGCUCUCAGAGAACUGAUGACUUGUUUUAUGUUAUUUCAGGAUUGCACUGUUGCCUCAUGAUAUGAUGUUUUUUUUCCAGUUUCGAGCAGAAGAAUUUCAAGCAAGAAACCUGACCGAUCACUUGCGAAUCUGUGGAAUGAUUGAGGAUCCAGACAAUGCACCCCAUGUUCGUGAUGCCCUUUGA